AUGAUCUUCUCUCGAGUCCUCCCUUUUUUCGCCCUCGCCCUCAGCUUCAGCAUCUUGUCCGUAGCUAAGCCCGUCGCCGAAACUAGUGUACUCGAGCGCACCGAUGGCGACGUUGGCACGGCUGACGUUGCCGCAGUGCUUACCCGCCUUAAGGCCUCGACCGACUCCACGCUCUCUCAAAUGAAUACUUUGAUGGAUAGCAACCACGCGAACAGCGCCAACAUAGUCCCGCUGAUGCAUGAUCUCACCAAGUCUUUCACCACCGCCGGCGAUUCGCUCAAAGCACUCAAGGGAAAAGUCAGCGCACGACAGCUUGGGCCUACAGAUUCCGAAAUUGCGGCACUCCUAGCAGACAUCAUUGCUGCUCUUGUCACGACCUUGGGCAGGCUCUUCGUCCGGGCUAUUAUCUUUCUUCCAACGCUCAUGACACUGAUCGUCUCACUCGACCUUGUGCUCCACGACUUACUUGUUGCCGUGGAAGCGCUUGUUGGUGGCGUCUUGGCCCUUGUCACUGGCAUGUAA